AUGAAGAUUUUAGGCAUAGAGUUUGCUCCUCUAUUAACGCCGCUGGAAAGGCGUUUACAAACUGCAGCAGUAUUCAUCUAUUGUACUAUGUUCUUGUUUUUUGGCACAACCAUGACUGUCAUCAUUCUGUUCCUUGCUUUCACACCAUAUUUUUAUAUUCCACUUCUCUACCUUAUAUGGUUCAUUUUUGAUCGCAAUCAGUGCUGCCGAGGAGGGAGACGUUGGGAAUGGUUCCGGCGCAUGCGCAUUUGGAAGUACUUCAGUGAUUACUUCCCCGUGACGAUGAUCAAAACAGCAGAUCUGGAUCCAAAUAAGAAUUACAUAUUUGGAUACCAUCCUCAUGGGAUAUUGUGCUAUGGUGCAGUUGUUUGCUUCGGAACUGAAGCAAGACAUUUUAGUGAGAGCUUUCCUGGAAUAACGCCACGAAUUUUGACUUUGGAGGAACAGUUUCUGCUUCCUUUUCAUCGAGAAUACAUAAUGUGUUCAGGAAUGUGUUCUGCUUCGAGAGAAAGCAUCGAUUGGAAUUUGACAAGAGAAGGCAAAGGCAACGCCCUCAUUCUCAUCAUAGGAGGCGCCACAGAAAUGCUCAAUGCUCGCCCAGGGACAGUAGUGCUGACCAUAAAAAGGAGGAAAGGAUUUGCAAAACUUGCUCUGAAGCAUGGAGCUUCUUUGGUGCCUGUCUUCGCUUUUGGAGAAAAUGAAAUAUUCGAACAAGUUGACAAUCCGCAAGGUUCCAUCCUGCGUGUUAUCCAAGACAAAAUAAAAACUUGGUUCCGUCUUCCGACUCCAGUCAUUCGUGGAAGAGGGAUCUUUCAGUACAGUUUCGGUUAUCUUCCUUUCAGGAAGCCCAUUCACGUCAUCAUCGGGAAACCCAUCGAUGUAAAAAAGACACCAGAGCCAACCAGUGAUGAGAUUGAUGAGCUCCAUCAGCUGUACAUUAAUAAACUCUGCGAGUUGUAUAAUGAACAUAAAGUGAAGUAUAGCCCAGAAAUAGAGCUUGUUCUAAAUUAG